AUGGAUGAAAAUAAUUCUGAUGACAAUCAAGAGACAAAAAUGUGGACGCCCAGAAUUGAAACGAAAUUAAUAAAUAUGUUGAGAGAUGAGAUUAGAAACAAUCAAACAACGGGCCGUACUACUUCGUGGACAAUUAGGCAUUGGAAUCAUUAUGCAAAUCAGUUGCACAACAUGUAUGGAUUUCGGUAUACAGGAAAGCAAGUGUGCCAAAAAUAUCAACGAUUGAAAGUUGAUUACCAGACAUUUAAGCGACUCCAGGCAGAGACUGGUCUGGGAUGGGAUCCCAUUAUAGGCACUGUUGUUGCACCCGAUGAAUUUUGGGAUAAGGCUAGAAGAAAUAUGAAGAAGUUUAGGACAAAAGGAUUUGAAUAUUUUCAAGAAAUGGCAGAAAUUGCGGAAAAUUGUUGUGCAACAGGGGCGUUGUCUCGUGCAUCCACACAAGGAGCCCUUGACUUAGAAGAAGAAGAUGACAUGUUAAAUAAAUUUUGGAACCCUGAUGUUGAUGGGAGUAAUGCUGGUGGGAGUAAUGCUACUGAGGCCAUUCUUGUUGACUUAUUCGAGGAUGAGUACAUAGAUCCAGCAAAGGGCAAAAGUCACAAGAGGGGCCCUACAACCAGCCAGACUGACAGUGGUCGUUCCAAAAAGUCACGGUCAAGUGGGUUUGAUGAUGUAUGCAUAGCUUUCACAUCCUAUGUACAAGCAAAAACAGGACAUUCACGUGCACGAGAAAAUGAGACAGAGGCUGUAAGUGCAGGUGGUGAUGAUUAUUCCCUUGAUGCAUGUCAAGAUGCAUUGCUAGAGCUUGGAGACAUACCACCGUUGCAGUACGUUAGGGCACUGACACUGUUCAAGGAUAAGGAAUGGCGAAGACAAAACCAUAUGUCAUCCGACAGAGAAAACAAUACAAUGGAGAUCUCAUCAGAGGAUGAUGAGGAUUGUGUCGGUGCUAUCGAUGGCACAUUGGUGGAUGCAUGGGUCCCUACUCCAAGACAAAAUACAUUCCGCGGUCGGAAAGCAACAGUAUCGCAAAAUGUACUCGCAGCUUGCGACUUCGAUAUGUUGUUCACAUUUAUUAAGUCUGGAUGGGAAGGUAGUGCUCACGACAACGCUAUUUUGGUUGACUCUAUUACACGAGCUGAUCUACAGUUCCCACACCCACCCAAUGGCAAGUACUAUUUAGUUGAUGUUGGUUUCACGAACAUGCCUGGAUUUCUUGCUCCAUUUCGGUCUCAACGGUAUCACUUGCAAGAGUUUCGUGGUUGUCGUUAUGCAGGACCUAAGGAAUUGUUUAACCAUCGACAUUCGUCGUUACACAAUGUCAUAGAAAGAACAUUUGGUGUUCUGAAAAAGCGCUUCCCAAUAUUGCGGUCCAUGCCAAAUUACAAGUCUACAAGACAAAGGCCUCUCGUGAUUGCAUGUUGUGUAGUGCACAAUUGGAUCCGUUUGCAUGCAGCUAUGGAACUAUUCUUUAUGGAAGCUGAUAAUGAAAUGGCCGCAGAAGCAGAAGUAGACGGGCUUGCUGGAGACCAAGCUGAGUAUGUUGACAUGUCACAACAUGGGUUAACGUACCAAUCGAACGUUAGGGAUGAAAUUGCUACUGCUAUGUGGCAAAAUCAUGUUAGCGAUGGAUAG